UUCAUUCAGAGAUGGCGAAUCUCUGAUCAGUGACGUCGAUUUGGAAUCGUGUGAUUUGCAUACCAACUCUGCCACAUGGAAUGUGCUCUUUUGCCUAGUAAUUAAGAAAAUUUUCUUACAUGGCUGAACGGCAAGGGAUGCCGAAGUGUUUCGUUGUCCGGCAUGAAGGCAACGAGUCAAACGAACACUUAUCUACAAUGAUGUGGGUUCGCCGACGUCAGCUUGCACUGCCCCUGCAGAAAUCAGCGGCAAUUCAAAGUGACCAGAAGGGCCGAGUCCCCCGCCCGUCUACCUCGGCGACGGGGUCCAACUUAGGCUGUGUGAAAUUGUGUGGGAAUGCAAAUAGGCGAAUCCAAGAUCAGAUCCAAAGUAGAUUGUACUACCAUCUCACCCCGGUGAAUAUUUCAUCAGAAUCAACAGAUGGAUGUGGAGCUGUAUUUAAUCUAGAAUUUUCUCCAAUUGGUGACACAUUAGUGACAGCAUAUGAAGGGGAAGCAAUGCAACUGUUUGAUCCUAUAUCUGCCAAGUUGAUCACCAAGAUACCUAAUGCUCACAGUGAUUGUGUUAACUGUAUCAGAUUUUUAGACAGCCGUACCUUUGCAUCCGGGUCAGACGACAAGACCAUUGCAUUGUGGGAUAUACGUAACCUCAAGCGUAAGAUCUGCACACUGAAAGGUCACAGUAAUUGGGUGAAGAGCAUAGAAUACUGUCAAAAGUCUGGUCUUCUCGUCACAUCGGCCUUUGAUGGCAAUGUUCUUGCCUGGGACAUCAAUAGGUAUCAGGAUGAGAUGCAAUACACCAAACUGUUCCACCUGGAGAGUCUGAUGCGGACGCGCCUCACACCCGACUCCUCCAAGCUCAUCAUGUCAACAUCAGAAGGUUACUACCUGGUGAUCCAUGACCUUGACCUUACGUCCUUGGCAACGGACUUUGAUGAAUUUGAACCUUCAGAAUAUUGUGACCUUUUGUUGGAUGAAGCCAAAGAGGAAUUGAAGGAACACGAACAUAACCAUUUGUUUCAUCGGUCGUGGAAUCGGCCGGAGAUCGUGAUGGACUUUCCGGAGGAGGGGUUUGCGGAGUGUAUAUCGUCUUUAGUUGUUCAUCCACAAGGCUGGUGUAUGGUGUCUCGGUAUACCACUACAGAGGAGGACCAAGAGUUGACCUGUGUGCAUGAUUUACAAGAGACUUCUAUUCCCGAUGAUGAACCUAAGCAGGAUCCAAGCCAGAGACAAUUUUCUCCUUUCAAAGCCAAACAAAGACUACUCUAUUACGCUGUGGAGCCAAACGAUGGCAAAGGCUACAUCAAGGAACUCAGUAUAAGUCCCGACGGCCGCAUCAUCUGUUCCUCGUUCAGCCACGGGGUGCGCCUGCUUGCCUUUAAUACUCAGUGUAGUGAACUCUGCGACAUACAAUACACCAACCCCCCCGCUGGGCCUCAGGGACUGAAACAGGUUAAACUCGUAUCUUGUCAUCGAGCGACCGUUCUUACAUCUCGUUUCUCACCAACGCAGUGUCUACUCGUCAGCGGAUGCCUGGAAGGAAAAGUGGUGUUCCAUCAUCCGUACUUAUAACACCGGGGCAAUGUUUCCUAAAGCUGUUUGUGAGUCACACACGACUGGUGAUCCUUUCUUGGAUGCUUAGUAGUCAGAUUCUCAAUCAUCUCGAUUCCCGUCAGCUAAAGUUGAAAUCGGGGUCCUGUCUGACAAAGAGCUGCGAUUGAUCGAACCAACCUCAAGUAUAUUGAAUUACAUCAUUGUUAUUAUUUUCCUACAAAAAAGAUUGCACUGUGUUCUUUGUAAACAAAGCGGAAGACACUGAAUUAUAAAUACCACAAUAGAUUAUGAUUUUACAUCAUAUCUUGGAAACAUAUUGAAAAAACAGGCAUCUUAGAUGUUGGUGUUGCUGGCUUUCCAUAGUUAAAGUUGAUUGGAUCAAUUGUAACUCUUUGUAAGACGGGGCCCAGACCUCUGUAGAUUAAACUUCUCGUUGGAAUGGACAAUUCAAUAUUAUUCAAAUUUGAUUAGGGUUAGGGAGGGAACACUCCAAUUAUUUUAAAUGUGUAAAUUUGAGGUGUCACAUUUAGCACAAGAAAGGGCUACCAGUCAUUCAUAAAGUCAUGCAUGAUUUACUAACAGCUUUAUGAAACCACCCCCUGGCUAUGCCUUCCUAUAUUCUCUUUCUGGUGAGGACUUUAUUUAGCCUAGUAGGCAUAAAUUUGAUCAGCUGUAUACGCAUGUAGAAUCAUGAAUAGAUUGAACUUCCCUCAGCUCACAGUUUCAUACCAUUUAACUGUAACAUGGUAUAAUAAUUUCGGAUGUGAGGAAUCAGCUACAGGCCAUUAGUCUGUGUGGGACUGCGGGAAGAUGAUGGCAACAUAGAAAAUGGUCAUUGUUUUGCCAGCAUAGUAUUAACCUGCAAAAACAUUACUUUCGAUUCUAGUACUAAUUCCCAUUUUGGGGAUUUUUUGGGGGGUAAACUUUUGAUAAAAGGCUAUAAAUUAUUUUUCCUACAUAUAAUACCACUACUUGAGCACUGUGGCUUGCUCCUUUAAUCAAUCUGCAUGUCCCAGAAGUCACUUUUUCGGCGCCUACAUGUAGGUCGCGUCAUUUUGAUGGAGAUGUGAAAGGUCGGUCCCAACAAAUUGAUAAUCGUGUUUCUGUUUGUUUAUAGACAUCUGUAAAAAAUGCAAUUAUAUACAUCCCCAGGUACCCAGGGUGGGAUAAAAUCAUUACAUACAUGUUUUGUAUUUCAUUUUAUGUGUAAGUACAGUUACAUGUAUCCAUGCCCAUCAGUUUUUAGAACACUGUUAGUCAGAUUGAAUUGAAAUAUAUCUUAGAAUUGUUGGCAAGUACAUGAAAAGUGUGGCGAACAAGCAUUUCUAUUCUCAAUGACAGUCAAACGAUUUGAACCACAGACCUUGUGAGUAUGUAUGUAUACUCUGCUGUGCAGCCAAUGCCAUUCAGAAAAAUCCAUAAUUGCAAAUUCGAGAUCACUUCACAAAGCUACAAAUGCUCUCUCAGUAAUUACUUAGUUAAGCACCAGUAGGCAUGCAUGCGUUAGAUAUACAGUAAACACAUAAUACAUGUAUCCCAUGAACUUGCUCUAUUUCUAGUCAUAUUAAAGUGACUCUUCAGCCUUCUUUAAAAAAGGGACACCUUUAAACUUGUUCAAACAUGGCCUAUAUGUACGCAGACUUUUUUUCGGGGGGGGGGGGGAGAAGGACCUGUAAAAAUUUUAAAGAAAAUUAAAAGCAAGGGAGUGAAGCGAAAGAUCUUGCCAUGGGGUACUUUUACAUUUUCUAAAGUGGAAUCGAAUGAUUGUGUGCACACUUGGUGAAUUUUGUGGACAUUUUGAGUAAAAAAAGUAAGUUUUCAAAAUUUUGGAGGGGAUGGGAGCUACUGCAACCUUUCAGUAUCCGUUCAUGUACAUCUGUAUGUGAAUUUACUUACAUUUAUUUGCAAAUAUACUACAGAGUGCGGUAUCAUAUUGUCUUUCUGGGAACUUGGUACCGCCUAAUAAAUUACACAUUCUAUCCCAAAUUAAUGAAUUUUUAGCUUCUGCAUGGUGUAUUAAUUACUAAAUUGUAAUCAAUGGUUGGCUGCUCUGCACUCUCAAAUAUCUUUGAGGUUUCAAAGAUGGAUGAAUUUUUAUAAUCCUACUCUGAAAAGAUAUUGCACAUUAAACUCCUAUCCCCUUGCAAGGAUGUUUUCUUUCUCCUGCUUUUUAUUUGCCCUUCUUUAUUUCGAAAUUGAUAAUAUGCGAUUAAGCAAAGCGAUUUCAAAUCUAGCUUGUGUUCCAUCUCUUCAAACUAUCUACUCUUACCAUGUGCAAUUCGAUGCAAAGAUAUAUCACAUUAUGUGGUGGAAGAAUUUUUAUAUUUGUUUAUGAAAGGCGGCAACUCCUUCAAUUACGAGUAUUAAAUUAAUCAUGAGCUGAGGUCACUGUGAAGUUGUGUGAGUAAAUUAUACAUGUUAACACUUCAAAAAUGAUAUCAAGUGAUUUUUAAUUAAACUCUCUUUCAUAUGAUGUAUAUAAUAUUCACAAUUCAUUAAAAAAAAAUUAUCAAUUAUUGGCAAUUUAGGCAUAAAUACAUGUAUGUUUACUCACUCAAAUAUUUACUCACUUAAAGGUACAAUCCUUAAUCACCCAAUUUAUAAACAGACAAAGCACAUAGAAAACACAUACAUACAUUUGCUACCAGAGCUAGUAAAACCAUAGACUUGAUGGCAUAAAGUGAUACAUCUAGUUUACUUAAAGAAUUUCCCCAUGAGCUUUCAUAUCGUAAUUUUGAUAAAUUUGGUUUGGGAUGGGAUUUAAGUGUUAAUACAAAUCAAAUAUGAUUGCACUGAAAUGGGGAUACUUUGGAUUUAUUUUGUAGACCUUGCUUUUGAUCACGUGUGUACUAUUAGAAGCAGCUUCAUGUUUAGAAUGUAUCCCUGAGUAUUUUUUUUUUUUACAAGAUUUCAAAGUUAAAUGCCCAGGUAUUCAGUAUGUAUCAGUAAUCAAUUCAACUUUCCCAUUUUCUAUUGAAAUAUAAUAAAACCAAGGAUGAUGUAAUUUAGACAAUUAUUUGAAAAACCACAUGGGGAAGUUCACCAAGAAGAAGAGUUUGUUGUAAAAAUAGCAGAAAUUGUUUUUUUUUUAAAUACGGGUGAAGGUUUGAGGAAAAUCCAUUAAAAUUAAAGAUUAAGGGAAGUUAUUAUAAUUUUAUGUUUUGGAUUUGUGACAUCAUAAACGAGCAGCUGCCCCAUAUGCUAUGUAAUGUAUAAAAUAUCAAAAUUUUUAAUGGUUUGUGAUGACUUAUUUUUGUUUUCCUUUUAGCAACUGGUGUGAAAAGAUAGUUUGUCUAUUGAUAUACUGAAGGUACAGUAAAAAUCAUUUUAAAUUUACUGAGUAAAUGACAUUUCACUGAUUUUUUUGCCAUAUGAUAUGUAGAAAAGCUGCUCGCAUAUGACAUCACAAAUCAAAAUAUAAAAAUUUCUAAGAAUUUUUUAUUCUUUGAUAGAUUUUACUCAAGCCUUCAGCAAUAUUUUUUAAUUAUUUCUUCUGCUAUUUUUUCAAUAAACUUUUCAUCAGGGUCAACUUCCCUUUAAUGUGCAUGCAUGUGACUCCGCUGCAGUCUGCCUCAUUAAAUAACGGGAGAUUGUGAGUAAUGAUCUCUGGCCGAGUCAUACCAAAGACUUUCAAUAGAUUGAACAUUCUGCUUUUAGCUUGGUGUUCAGAUUGGAGAAGUAGUAAAGUGCUAUGUUAUGUACUGCCGACUGGUAGAUCAGUUCCAUAACCGAAGUGGCUACCCUGGGUCAAUAAAGCAUUUUUGUCUCGCCUGUGUAGCAGAAUGAGAAUAUAAUAGGCUCCCCUUUUCUGAUGAGAGAGUCAACAUUGAAAUUUAAACCAAAGUUAGUUUUUGAAAUGUCAUAACUUCAAAAGUAUAUUGAUCUAUUUCAUUUCAAUGAAAUGCCCAUUUAUAUCUUAAAGUGUAUGACCUCUGUGCUCAUGAAUGCUUGUCCAGGAUAAAAGCUUGUCAAGUCCGGAGAUUAUAUUAAUGAGAUUUUUUUGUCUUUCUUUUUGAGCAAAAUAUGACUUAAUUAAUGAUAAUGAUGAC